AUGGCUCAUCGUCUCCCAGACCGCUCCAAGCUUCGGCUCUUGACUAAGGGCGUAACGUCUGCUGGUUCGUCCUUCUUCACUCCCGCACCUCUUGUCGGCUACGCUGCUCUCCGUUAUCCUCGCGCCAUCUCGACAAGCAACAACGCCAACAAGCCUGUUGCCGCCAUUCCUACCGGCCCUGUCUCUUCUGUUCUUCCUGCCGCUUCGGAGGUUAGGGAUGGAAAUGCCUUUGCUACUCUGCCGCUCACGUGGCCCCACGAGGGUUGGAAUGAGAAUGUUCUCUUGAACGUUGUUCCCAGCCAUCGUAAGCCUAGGACUUUCGGUGACUGGAUUGCCUGGAAGAUUGUCCGCACUUGCAGAUUCUGGAUGGAUCUCGUCACGGGCAUGCGUCCUGAGCAGCAGGUCGACUCGAAGAAUCCCACAACUGCUUUGGCUGCCAACAAGCCCCUGACUGAGCGCCAAUGGCUCGUCCGCUUCAUCUUCCUCGAGUCUAUUGCUGGUGUUCCUGGCAUGGUCGCCGGUAACUUGCGCCAUCUCCAGUCCAUUCGCCGUUUCAAGCCUGACCAUGGCUGGAUCAAGUCUCUUCUUGAGGAGUCCUACAACGAGAGGAUGCACCUCCUCACCUUUCUCGAGAUGUACAAGCCCGGCUGGUUCAUGAGACUCGUCGUGCUCGGUGCCCAGGGCGUCUUCUACAACGCCAUGUUCAUCUCGUACCUCUUCUCUCCCAAGAUUUGCCACCGCUUCGUCGGCUACCUCGAGGAAGAGGCUGUUCAUACUUACACCCGCUGCUUGCUUGAGAUGGACCAUGGCUACCUCAAGAAGUGGUCCGACCCCAAGUUCCGCAUCCCCGACAUUGCUGUCCGCUACUGGAACAUGCCCGAGGGUCACAGAACCAUGAAGGAUCUCAUCCUCUACGUUAGAGCUGAUGAGGCUUCCCACCGUGGCGUCAACCACACUUUCGGCAACCUCGAUCAGGUCGCCGACCCCAACCCCUUCAUGGAGUGUCCCGGUAGCGGAGUCGUCAAGGCCUUCCCCAAGCACCUCUCUGUUAUCAGGCCAGCUGGUCUGGAGCGUGAGGAGGUUAUCAGCAAGGAGACUCACUAA